CCCCCCCCCCCCCCAACGAUUCGAUGGACAUUUUUCAUCUCUUUCUCCAAUUUCUGUUGUAAUUGCACAGUCUGUGAAUCAUGGCAGAUCCAACAGGCCGGACAAUUUUGCGCAUCAAUUUCGGUGAUAUUGAUGAUCGGCCAUUAGCCCUAACUGGAGCUACGAAAUACCGAUUUCGUUUCUUGGAGGGUGACGCGCUCGCCCACAAGUCAACCAUCCAUGUACUGGAAUUCGAUCAGCUGCCCGCAGAGCCGUAUGCCGUGAUAUCAUACGUCUGGAGGGGCCUUCCGGCUCACCCCGGUGCGAAAUCUCCGCUGCCGAAUAUUCACGUUGAAGGCGCCGAUGGGGCUGAUCCGAUAUCCGUGGAAGUGCUGAGGCUCAUCUCGCUGGCGGCAGAGAAUCACGGAUGUAGACUAAUCUGGUUGGAUGCGCUGUGCAUUCUCCAAGCCCAUGAAGACGACAAGGCGUGGCAGAUUCAGCGCAUGUAUGACUUGUAUCGAAAUUGCAAAACGUGCAUCGUUGCGCCGGGCGGCCUUCAGCGCCUUGUGGCUCCCAAUGAGGAGACAAACUGGAUGACGAGAGCCUGGACGCUUCAGGAGGCGAUUGCGCCGCCUGAGGUGCACUGCAUAUUCUCGUGGAGCCUUGGGAAUUGUAUGAUGCAGUCGAAUUUCUCGCUGAGGAUUGAGGAGAUCGAAAAAGGAGUCGCAGCAGUUGCCCCUCUCGGCCCCACCUUGACGACGGCUAUGAAAGGAACUGGAUUUCAGAUGCUUGACUGGUCUGGGAAAUCGAUUCAGAAGCCAUCUCCCGACUUUCAAAUCAGGAUGUUUGGUGACAGGUCAGGAUGCUAUCCUCAGAUGAGGGAGCUUGUCGAUGCUAUUGACAUGAAGGGCAAGACGGGCAUGUAUACCGCCAUUUGGAGGUCUUCAUUUAUGCGUAUGGCCAAAUACCCGGUAGAUUCGGUGUACAGCAUCAUGGGUAUCAUGGGAGUGACGCUGGAUACUACCAAAUUUGGCCAUGAUGAUCGGCUGGAGGCCACGAUUGCUUUGAUGCAGGCCAUCUUGGCGAGGGGAGAACAUGCCGAAUGGCUUGCUAUUGCAACAAAAGUGGUGCCGAACCCACGAUUGUCAACCUUGCCGGCUUUUCCUCAGACAGAUGCCUCCCGGAAACCUGUUCUGGAAUCAAGAGAGGGCAUGAAGGAUAUUACAGAUGUCAUGAACACGGGUUGGAGGGUUACAGACACACCCAAGGGAAUAAUGAGCGAUGAUGGGUAUUUCCGAUUUAGUGCCUUGUCGGCAUCUGUGAGACUGAGCCAGAACCAGGAACAAGAGUCUACUGCUUCUGCGGACGAAUUUGGCUCUGAAACUGGGGGCAAUUGGGAGGUGAUGCCACAGAGCAGUGACGGCGGGUCGCACAAGGCCGUCUUUGUAGGUCGCUGGGAGCAGUAUAGAAAUGGGGCGUUUGGGUUGAUGAGAAACCCGUGCGAUCAUGCUUUGAUGUUGAUUGAGGAGCAUGCGCCUGGGAGGUUUCAUAACGUGGGAUAUGCGUUUGUGCCGGAAGGGGUUGUGAAGACGGGGAAUUGGAAGGAGGGUGUGUUUGAGGUUGGAGGUCCUAAAUGAUGCUGAAGGUUGAGUAUUGAUGAUGAGAUGAAAUAUUGAAUGAAUUACGAUUGGUUUGAGUCUUGGGGUUUGAAUUUUAUAAAUUGAAGUUGAGAAGUAUGAUGCAGAGCGUUGUUUUGGUGGUCUUACCUUUCUUUACCUUUUGUCUAUAGGGUCACAUCUGAGGCUACCCUAGGGCCUAGGAUUCGAAUUCCAACUAGAGUGUCGAGA